AUGGCUAUCCUGGAGGAAGAGAAGCCAUGCAUGGUCCCUACGCUCAUCGAAGGUUUGCCUAAGACCCCUAUGAUAUCAGUUAUGCAAGUAAAGAAGGGGUUAAAGAGGAAAAAUAUGACCUACCUCGCCACCCUUAAGGAAGUAAAGGAUGAUAGGACGAGGGAACCCAUGCUUAAGGAAAUCAAGGGAGUCCUUGAUGAGUUCAAGGACGUGAUGCCGCUCGAGUUUCCCAAGAGACUUCUUCCUAGAAAAGAGGAGGAUCAUAAGAUUGAUUUGGAUUUGGGAACUAAACCCCUUGCUAUGGGGCCAUACAGGAUGGCAUCGCUUGAACUGGAGGAGCUAAGAAGACAAAUUAAGGAGUUUAUGUGCAUCGACUAUCGAGCACUUAACAAGGUGACGGUAAAGAACAAGUACCCUAUUCCAUUUAUCGUCGACUUAUUCGAUCAACUUGGUAGGACGAGAUAUUUCACGAAGUUAGACUCGAGGCCACGCUACUACCAAGUAAGGAUUGCGGAUGGCGACGAGCCGAAGACUACAUGUGUGACCAGAGACAGGGAUGAUCCAAAUCGAAAGAUGUCUAAGAGGGCACCUAUAAUGAUUAUGACCUUCUAUAACAAGGAAGUAGAACACAUAAUUGCAGAUCGAGUCAUCAGGAGAUGGGGCAUGCCUCCUAUUAAGGAGUACUUAGUGAAAUGGAAGGGACUACUAGAGAGCGAGGCUAGUUGGGUUCAACAGAUGCACUAUGGCAAUUCUAGGAGCAAAUUGAGCGGUUUCGAGCGAAAUGCGUGA